AUGCCUAAUGCCAAAAGCAACAGUUCUGAUCCCAAAAACAGUGCUGAUUCGAAGAACAACAAUUCUGCUUCCAAGAACAACAAUGCUGAUCAGAAAAACAACAAUGCUGCUACAAAGAACAAUGCUGAUUUGACGAAAAGCAAUUCUACUUCCAAAAAAGACAAUUGUGAAUGGAAAGGCAACCUUGAUGCCAAAACCAACGCCGAUGCUCAUCCUCCUCAGGGAGAUGCCGGUGGUGGUAACUUGCCACCUUCUUCAGGGGCAAAUCAAUAUUUCGAGAGACAGAGUUCUCGUAAUGGCAACAAGGUUUACAAGAGUGGACCACUGUUUCUGUCAUCAAAAGGGAUUGGCUGGACCUCAUGGAAGAAAAGAUGGUUCAUUCUUACAGAUACCUCAUUGGUCUUCUUCCGAAGUGAUCCAAAUGCUAGUUCUGAAAAGGGGGGUGAGGCAAAUCUGACCCUUGGUGGCAUAGACCUCAACAGUUCAGGCAGUGUGGUUGUGAAAGCAGAUAAGAAACUCUUGACGGUGCUUUUCCCUGAUGGUCGCGAUGGGCGAUCAUUUACUCUUAAGGCUGAAACGUCAGAGGAUUUAUUUGAGUGGAAGGCUGCAUUGGAGGAAGCUUUGGCAAAUGCACCUAGUGCAGGCACAGGGAUGGGACAAACUGGGAUAUCGAAAAAUGAGAAGACAAAAGACCGUUCGCCACCAAAAUCUCUUGUCCUUGGUCGACCAGUAUUAUUUGCAUUGGAAGAUAUAGAUGGGACUCCAUCUUUCUUGGAGAAAGCCCUUAGAUAUGUAGAAGAGCAUGGAAUUAAAGUAGAAGGAAUCUUGCGGCAGGCUGCAGAUGUAGAACUUGUCGAGCGCCGCAUUCGAGAAUAUGAACAGGGAAAAACUGAGUUCACUGCGGAGGAAGAUGGACAUGUUAUAGGAGACUGUAUCAAGUAUGUUCUGCGGGAGUUACCAUCAUCUCCAGUUCCAGCAUCUUGCUGCAAAGCUUUGCUACAAGCAUUUCGAACUGAUCGAUCCACAAGAGUCUCUUGUAUGCGUGCAGCUAUAUGCGACACCUUUCCUGAACCAAAUCGCCGUCUAUUGCAAAGAAUUUUGAUGACGAUGCAAGCUGUUGCUGAGAACAAGGAUGUGAACCGAAUGAGUGUUCCUGCUGUUGCUGCUUGUAUGUCACCGCUACUUCUUCGGCCCCUUUUGGCUGGUGAAGUUGAGCUUGAGAAUGAGUUUAAUAUUGGUGAUGGAUCUGCUCAACUUAUGCAAGCAGCCGCAGCAGCAAACCAUGCCCAAGCGAUCAUUAUCACCCUGCUAGAGGAAUAUGAUAAUAUCUUUGGGGAAGGGGACAUGUUAUCUGAUCUAUACUCUGACUCUGACGAGAGUGGAACUGAGAGUGAAGAGCUUAGUGAUGAUGCCUAUGAUGAUGACGACUAUGAUGAUGGUGAUUAUACAUCUGAGGGUUCUUGUGCGGAUGAAGAUGCAUCUAGCACCUAUAGCGAGUCUGGAGAUGAUGGAAACAACAAUCAACGUAACAGCAAGGCAAAGAAGAAAACGUCCAUUGAAAACGUCGAUGUAAUAGCCGAAGAAAGAGAUGAAAUCUUUAGGCUUGAGGCCCUUAAAGCUGAUUUGGUAAAGAAAAUCGAAGCAGAGGCAAGACACAAUUCAAUUCUGAAAGAGGAACUUUUGAGCAAAAAGGAUGCUUUGGGGGACCGACAUCUAGCUCUUGAGAAGGAGGUGGCAGCUUUAAAGGAACAGUUGCAGAGGGAGAGAGAGUUGAGGAAAAUACUCGAGGCUGGACUCACAAUGUCAAAGAAAAUAUUACCCUUACCUGGCUCCAUUGAUGAAAAGACCAAAGCAGAUCUCGAGGAUAUUGCCCAAGCUGAGGCUGAAGUCAUCAGUUUACAACAAAAACUUGAUGAUCUUGAAAUACAUCUAAGUCAACAUGAUCAAGGAAAAGUAAAAGAUAAAGAGAAGGAUCGUAAGAGUAAGGAUAAAAACUCAGGCAAGGAACAACAUGACAAACAUCCUUUCCACUCUUUUUCUAGUAAGUUGCCUCCAAACCAGCAACCUGAUUCAACACGCAAAGGGGAACCGAGUAUGAGCAAGUCUUCUUCAAGCACUGUCAAAAGAUCUAACUCAAGGGGUGAGGCAGCUAAUACAAGCUCAGCACUGUCAAAAAUAACAAACAGGCUCAACUUCCUGAAAGAACGACGCAACCAAAUAACAAAUGAGCUGGACACCGUAGAUAAAGAACCGAAUAAAGGUCAAUCAUCAACACUUGAUGAAUCUGACGACCAAUCAUCCGUAGACAACACUUAAUCCCACCAUAUAGCAUCACUUAAUAAACCAGUUAAUCAAUCACUCCACAGAUAAUAAAGCGUCGAGUUUAGAACAAGAUCAAAAUCCAAGAAAAGAUGAUAAGAAACACCCGACGGUUUCCACCAAGAACAUAACUCCAAAACAUAACUGUUUUGCUAUAUAUAGUUCAGAUGACUUUAUAAUACCUGGAGUACUUGUGGGGCUAAAUUGUGGCUUUUAAAGUCGACUUGGUAUUGAACCCAUGAUCAAACCCAUGGCUGCAACUUGCAGCCUCAAAGAAAAUCCAAAAUCUGGAGAUGGUUGAUGCAAGUUUCUAAUUUACGGUCGAAGUUUUGGUUUAGGGAUGAGAUUGUAGGGAUUCUUGUAAUUAUUAGUGUGGUUUCUUUGUAAGUGCAACACUAAAUUGUCAUUCUGUUUUUGGCUAUGGCUUUGUUGUUUCAAUCCUGGUGUAGUUCUGGUUUU